AUGGAAAAUGGCGUUCCCGAUAUUUAUCUGGGGAAUUCCAGCGAUGAGGACUCACAGAGCUCGAUCGAGGACGAGACACAGAACAUCGAGCUGAGCUCGAGCGAGCCCGAGUCUGGCGCGUCGAUCUCGUCGAUCGACGAGAACUCAGAUUCGUCAGACCUGUCUAGCACAGAUUUCCAGGACGCGAGCGAAAUCAUCCAGGAGCCGGCCAAGCUGUCGUACUACCGGCUGCAAAACAAGCCGAGGCUGUUCCAGGGGAACGUCAACUACCUGCGGUUUUUCCAGGCCGAGAAGCGCAGGUUUCUGUCGUACACGAGUCCAUUCGGACGGUCCAACCUGGUGGGGACUUACGUGUCGAGCGCGGGUUUCAGAUACCGGCGCAAGAACGAGGUCAAUGAGGCGGGCACGUACUGGUCGGCGGACGACAAAGACACGUUUUUUGAGCUUCUGGCGCGCUAUUCCAUCCAUAGAGCCGAUAUUAUACAGGAAAAGCUACCAUCGAAAUCAAUCGCUGACAUCGUGGACUAUUACAAGCUCUUAAAGCGCGAACUACAGCAGUACAAGCGGCACAAGCGACGAUUACUGAAACUGGUGUCGUACGACGAGAUUCCCGCGAGCCACGAGGUGAGCAGCGAGUUCAUCGAGAUGGAGGAGUCGCAGGCGUUUCUCCUCAAGUCGGUGGCCAACAUGCGCGACUCGGACGCGAAUUUCCGGUUUAAGAAGACGCAUCCCGGUCUGAACGAGCAGGAGCUGCUGGACUACGAGCGCAUGACUGACCUGGCAAACUCCGUGUACGCGAAUAACGAGCUCCUGGACGCUGCUACCGGGCUCAAACGCAGGCUGUCCAAGCCGAUGGUAUUAGACGAGGAAGCGAAGUACAUCUUGCGCCAUGUCGCGCAGAACAUGGCCUAUGAAGUGGUGCUGACUGUUCUGGAGGACAAAAUCGAGGCCUACGACGAGUUUGAGAUCACGCAGAGCGACGUGUAUCGCGCUCUGGCCCAAAUGAAGGUACGCAGACCAAUCAAAUUAAAAGACUACUGGUCGAACAUUGGCUGGAGAUUGGGGCUGGAUUUUGGGCGACAGAUGCCCAGCGGACGUCAGCGACUAAACAAGCUGGUUCCGUACGACAUAAAUGGAUUGGAGGAGUUGCGGAAAAAAGAAGAGACUGCUAUUUUCGACAACGAAGGAGACGAGCUUGAGCAGGUGAUGGACGGCGCGCUGCCGUUCGAAAGCGCCGUUCUGAACCCGACUCCGGUGAGCGAGCUUUCACAGAAACCAGCCGUGGCUGAGCCAGACGAAGUUUUGAGCGAGCAGCUGCUGGAACUGGAGACAGCGCUGCUGGAAAAAAAAGAUCACGAGGAGUCCGUCAAACAGGAAAACUGGCUACUCCAUUAUUUGAGCUGUCGCGAGAACGAAAUCAUGCUGAACGACGCCGAUGUCAUCCACGAAUACGUGGAGAACAAGUACCGCGACGCCGAGCCUGCGGAACUGCCCGAAAUCCCAGAUCUCCCGCACAUCACCAACGAAAUGCUGUUUCUGCACUCGUUCGACUAUGCAGAAUACGAAUCGGAUUGA